UUCUUCAUAGGGAAGAAAAUGUAUAUGUGUGAACUGUGUGACAAGUCAUUUUCUCAAAGUGGCAGUAGAAAUGUUCACAUGAAGGGACACCUCUUGUCCAAAUCGUUGAAAAAGGGCAGGCCCAGUAAAUCCAGCACCAUUGCUCAGCAGGAUGAUGGAAUGGACAGUUGCCAAAAUGUUUUGUUUAUUCAGCAAAAUCAAGAUGACUUAUAUCAGUUUGGCAACCCAGAUCUUCAUGGCAGUCCAUGUGAGUCCAUAAUUUUUCCUCAUGCAGUAACAAAAGAUGUUGUAGCUGUCACAACUCAACCAGAAGGAGAUUUAGACCUACAGAAUAAUAUCCUUGGCACAGAAGAAGUUUUGGGCAAUGAUGAAUGCAUGAGUUCUACACUACCCACCCACACUUCUGGUGCUAAUGUGGUAGUGCUGACCCAGCCUCAAGAGAUGUCCAGUUUAACUACCAGCUACCAUGGUACUCAGGGAGGCAAAGAAGAAAUCAUAUACCAGAGUGACUUACACUUGACUUUAGAUCACGAGGAAAUGGCAGGAAACAUGAGUUUGCAUGAUUUACAUGCAGAUGAGCAAGUUCAUAUAACAACUGCUAGUAGUAUUGCAGAAACAACACACGCUCAGUCCAUUGAUCCGAUCAUGGAAAUGGAUGGCAAUGAAAGUGAUGAUAACGACAGUAAACUUACAAUAAUGUGUGAAUAGCAAACUUAAUGUUUGUCUAUAGGGCAUCUAUUUAGUUGAGUCAGACACCUUGAGAAUAUUGUUUAUAUAUAUUUUGUUAAUUUAAAUUAACCACUAUUGGUAAAAUGAUGUAAUGAAUUGGGAUCUAUUCUAACAGCUGCAGACAUCAAAUUCUAAUAAUAUAGUUAUACAGUAGAGGUUUAGGAAGUAAAUCUUCGAAAGUUCCAACUUGACAUCUUUAAUGACUGAGUGGUGUUGGUUAAUAUAUGUUCCCAGGGAUUAUUAAAGAAAUUCAUAUUUGAAGUCGGGUGUUGUAUGCAUUUCGAUUUAAAAGAAAUAUACCUGGUGAAAACUUUUCUGAAGGUAAAUAAUCAAUUCAGUGACUGCUCCUUCAUUAGAGUAAUGUGCAAGUAAUGUAAAAUAAUGUGUGAUUGUUAUGAUAAGCUUUAAAGCAUUGUAAGUUUAUAGUAUAAUUAUAAAUUCAUGCAUCGUACCAUUUGAUAAUAGAAAAGAGUUGAAAUAUCAGUGUACUAUUUGCAUCAUUUUAUUAAGUUUUAAUAGUAAAAAAGAUGUACUGAGAUUAAUAAUCUCAAAUUUCACUUUUAAUCCUUUUGAUUGACAUGUAUGUUUGUGACUACAUGCUGUACUGUCUGAUGCUAUUACAAUAAAAUACUUUUCUUUCCA